UUGGAAAAAAGGAUCUCUUUUAUUUUAAUUAUCCUUUUUUUGUGGGCCACAAAAAAAAAAAGAAGCUAAUCUGGCAUGAGAAACUUUAGGCAUCAAAGCCCGGCCAUCCCUUGUUGAAAAAGCACUCGACUUGCGAACAGGGCAGGAGAGAGAGAGAGAGAGAAAAAAAAAAAACCAUCAUCAUUCCAAAAGCAGAAGCCCCAAAAAAGAUCUCUAGAGAGAGAGGAAAAAAAAGAUAAAGAGAAAGGAUUCGAGGUAGAAGAAGGGGUUUUUUUUUCAGAAAUCAAGAAGAUGCAAACAACCCAGAGGCAAGGAGGCAGCGAGCAGCUACAAACACUGAUGCAGCAGACACAGAUAUCCUCAGGGCCGCCGCCGCCGCAGCCGCAGCUGCAUCAGCAAAUCUCUGGAACUCUAAGCUUCAAUGGAACUCUAUCGAAGGAAGAUGAAGAGAUGUCCAAGUCGGCCCUGUCCACUUUCAGGGCCAAGGAGGAGGAGAUCGAGAAGAAGAAGAUGGAGGUAAAGGAGAAAGUCCAGCUCCAGCUCGGCCGGAUCGAGGAAGAGACCAGACGCUUAGCUAACAUUCGCGAGGAACUUGAGUCGUUGGCAGAUCCAAUGAAGAAAGAAGUCUCACUUGUUCGUAAGAAGAUAGAUUCGAUCAACAAGGAGCUAAAGCCAUUGGGGCAGACUUGCCAGAAGAAGGAGAAAGAGUACAAGGAUGCUCUUGAGGCUUUCAAUGACAAGAACAAGGAGAAAGUACAGCUAAUUUCCAGAUUGAUGGAGGUUGAUCAGCUGGUGAGCGAAAGCGAGAGAUUGAGGAUGAAGAAGCUGGAGGAGUUGAGCAAGUGCAUAGAAACGUUUCGUCGGGAUUGAUAACCUAAUGCGGAUUAACUAAUUAAUUAGGUUUGUGUGAUGUAUUUAAGUAAGAAAACUACUCUAUGUAUAUUGUGGUUUCUUGGGUGUUCUGUUCUAUCAUUUUCAUGUUUGUUUAAUUAGCUUUUCGCAGAUCGUUUUCUGAUUUAGGAAAAGGGGAGUACCCCUAGAAACAAGUUUGUAGCCAAAACAGGUCUUUGGAUUCUUCUCACUUUUCUUCUUUUACUUUGUACUUUGUUGUCUCUUCAGUUCUGUAAGUUAUGGUGUAUUGUUUUGGAAAGGAUAUGGUUGUUGUGGUGGCUUAAA